UGUGCUCAAGCAGCUCUGUGAAAUUGGCCCUAGUGCACAAAUACUAUCCUGACUAUAAGACUAGUCUGAAAAGAAGAGUUAACACCCUCCAUAUUUUCCCUGCAAAAUUAGACUGUCCAGGAUAUGUUAUUACUUUCAGAUUGUUAAUGGGUCACUGCAGGGAAUAAUAUACAUGUAGUGGUGUCUUUUCGUGGAAUUCUUUCCAAAGUUUCAUCAGGGCUUGAUGGCUCCAAUGGGAAAGAGAAAGUGCAACAUUCCAUACAUAUGUACCGGUAGGCCCUACAUGUAUCUCCCGCAUUGACCUCUGACCUCUGUCAGUGCAUUAACCAAGGAUGUUUUUAACGUGGGGCCUUUGUGUGUUAUGCCUACAGAGAAUCACCGCACACUUGUAUGCAAAGAAACAGCCACCGUAUGUUAUCAACUUGGAUCCAGCCGUACACGAAGUGAGCUUUCCAGCAAACAUAGAUAUUCGGGACACCGUCAAGUACAAGGAGGUGAUGAAGCAGUACGGAUUGGGCCCCAAUGGGGGAAUCAUGACGUCCCUCAACCUGUUUGCCACACGCUUUGACCAGGUCAUGGAGUACGUGGAAAAGCGCAGCCAAGAAACAAAAUACGUCAUCGUUGACACUCCUGGGCAGAUUGAGGUGUUUACAUGGUCAGCCUCAGGAGCAAUUAUAUCUGAGACAAUGGCGGCGUCCUUCCCAACAGUAGUUGUGUAUGUGAUGGACACCGCACGAAGUGUCAACCCGGUCACGUUCAUGUCCAAUAUGUUGUAUGCCUGCAGCAUUCUAUAUAAGUACAAACUCCCCCUGGUGGUGGCAAUGAACAAGGUGGACAUCGUGGACAGCGAGUUUGCCUUGGAGUGGAUGCGAGACUUUGAAGCCUUCCAGGAUGCUUUGAAUCAGGAGACAUCCUACACCUCCAACCUGACGCGGUCCAUGAGCCUGGUCUUGGAUGAGUUCUAUCAGAAUCUGAGAGCUGUGGGCGUGUCUGCUGUCACUGGCCAGGGACUUGACGAGUUCUUCAAGGCCGUCCAAGAAGCAGUCAGUGAAUACGAAACGGAGUACAAGCCAGAAUAUGAAAGAAUUAAGAAAGAACAGAGGGAAGCAGAAGAAAAGAAGAAACAAAAGCAGUUACAGAGGUUACAGAGGGAUAAGGGCAAAGGUGAAAGUAUCACACUGCCUGGGUCUCCAGCUGCCAUGGCAACAGAUGCAGGUGAAGUAGAGAGGACUUCCAUCGCUCUUGGCUUGGGCAUCAAGGAGGAUGAAGAUGACGGUACUGACGAAGACGACAAAGAUGAAGAGGAAGAGCUGAGAGAGGCGGAAUCCUUCCGGAGGUUUCUACAGAGCCAGGGAGCGCACCCAACCAGCCAGAGUGCAGGAGAUGUCAAGCCGGGGACAUGACAGACAGAGAGCGAUUCUUCUCUGUAUGUUCUGCACGGCGUACAUACACAUGUCUUUCCUUGAUCAGUCUACUUAAAGGCAAAUCAAAGCAAUGGCUGGUAGAGUCAUAGUUGACCACCCAGAAUACCUGUCCGCUCCGCCAUACUCAUCCAGCCAAAGUGCCAUGCAUAUGCCGACGGGAAGUACAGGUCCACCUGGAAAAAGAAUAGCCCUUAACCUUGAACGACCACAUUGCGAUAAAAAGUGCACACAAAGCAAUGUAAAUUGUGUCAGUGUAUAGAUUAAUGACCUGCUGGCGUAGUUUGUGGUUUGUACUUUCUAAUGGCAUUUCUUAAUCUCUGAGCCAUUGAAGUCAGAACCUCUGUUAAGAAAGAGCGGGGCCAAAGGAAAAGUAAACACACUCGGGUAACAUGGAUUGCUCAGGGACACCAUUAUUGUGGCUGAAAUCAGCAACACACAAUGCUUCUUCAUGAAAGUAUCAGAGAGUGCCUUGUUAAGACUAGAACCUUGAGGCUCCAUCAUGUGCCAAUUUGAGGCACGUCCUGAGACUGGCAGUACAGUGGAAACAUCAAUCUGCUACUUGACAGCACAUUUGGCCAUACUCACACCAGCCAAUUACGUGGUAGAUCCAGAGCUGAAACGCCCUCUGCUCCUGCCGCUCCGAACUGGCCGCGAAACAGACCUGAAGGGCGCCCUCCAGUGACCACACAAACUGUGUUGUCAAGACGUAAUGCGUAGCUACUGCAAGGACCCUGCACACCACCUACAGAGCAAGUGGAAAGUUGGCUCACUGUCACAUUAAAUAAGAAUUUUUCAGUUAUAUUUAUACUUAUUUAUAAUUGAGAGAGAGUCUGAACAUUGUCACAGAGCAAGUAUCAUAUGUUGAAAAAAAAGCUGUUCAUAGAUAGGACCAGUUCACUAUCUUUUUGUCUCCAGCAUUUUUUGUUUAGAUGGCCAUUUUAGUAUACAUCUCUGUAAUAUUCCUCACUUUUUCAUUCGCCUCAUUUGUAUGCUUCAUCUGUGUAGUUGUGAAUCCGUCAUAACAAGCCCAUUGCCUGUCUUGAAUUCUUCCAAACAGGUCGCUGUUAUUUUCAUAUUGUACAAUGCUUCAGGUUUCUUCUUUUUUUUUUUUGCCUUAUACCUUAUCGAAACGUUUGUCAACUUCCCUAUGUUGUUUUAAGUACUGUUGUGUACAAGACAGUUUUAAGGUUUAUUUACUGUAUCAGAAGUAUACAUUUCCAUGUCCAAUAUUUAAUAUCAAUUUUCAAACAGUAUUUGAGCUAGACGACAGAAAUACCACUAACGCAAUUUGCACGUUACAAAAUUGCGAUUUUAUCAUGGGGGGCGGGCUCUGCGAGCACAAACGAUUGUCGCAAGACUCCUACCUGAUUGGUUGUUCUCUCCAUACCUGCCAUGACAACGACGAAGCUGAGGAUGAUUGACAGCGCUAGAGAUACGUGCACGGUUAGAGAAGCGGCACUCAAAUGCCUGAACAAAAACAAACUCAGACAAAUGUGAACCUUUUAGUUGCACAAGGAAAACUGACCCAAGUGGAAUGCAAAUAGCCAGCUGUACAGUGUGUAUUAAUAACAUAGCAUUGGAAAGAGGAAAAAGGUGGCUUUAACGUGCUACUACUUACUUUGGUGUAAAGCUGACACAAUUUUCACAAACUUGAACAGAUAUCUUGUUGCGGUUUUGUUUGUUUUUCGGGUUUUCUUAUACACACUGUAUGUUGGUUGUCCCUUCUAAUCGGUCAAUUUUUUUUUUCUUU